AUGCUGCUGGGAAAACUUGUGCAGCCGGUGUGCAGCCUAAGCAAGCGGCCGACGCCAGGCACCCGCAGACACUUCUGGGGAUGGCUGAAUGCCGUGUUCAACAAGGUGGACUAUGAACGCAUCGAAGCCGUUGGCCCGGACAGGGCAGCGUCAGAGUGGCUGCUGCGAUGCGGCGCCCUGGUGCGCUAUCAGGGCUCUGAGAAGUGGCAGCAGGACUACAACGGGCUCCCAACGGGGCCCCUGGGGAAGUACAAGAUCGAAGCGAUCAACGCCACUGACUCUUGCAUCAUGUACAGAGGAUUUGACUAUUUGGAUGGUCUGGAGCACGUGACAGAAAUCAAGCUGCAGAAGUGUAUUUACAUACAGGACGAGUGUCUGCAGAGGCUCAGCAAGAUGAAGAACCUCCAGAAGAGUCUGCUGCAGCUGAGGAUCAUUUCCUGCGGGAACGUCACAGAUAAGGGCAUCGUUGCCCUUCACCGGCUGACGAAUCUUGAAUAUUUGUAUCUGAGUGACCUUCCUGGGAUAAGAGAGAAAGAAUCAACUGCUCACAUCCUUCAGCAGGCACUGCCAAACCUAGAGCUGGAGCUGGAUUUACAGUGAACACAGCUGCACAUCAUGGAGAUGUAUGUGAUUUCAUUGUUUAUGGUACAUUGCAUAAAUUAAAUUGUAGAUGCUGCUGUAUUUCCAGGUAUGGAAAUAAGCCUGGAUCUCCCAGCC